AGGAUAUAUUAGAUAUAUCAUAUAUAGUAUUCGCGACCCUUUUUUAUUGGAUCUGCCAUACCUUUCUCAGUUUGCAAUGAACAUUUCCUUUGAGAUGACGUGUCAGAAUUAAUUAUUUAAAAGAAAGUGAUGGAUGUGUACAGUGACCCCGAGAAGCAUGUCUUGCUGAAGAACAACGUCAAGAUGCCAAUACUGGGCUUGGGCACCUCGCACUACGGCGGGUUCUCAGGCGCCGCGGUGCAGCACGCCGUCCGCAGCUGCGGAUGUCGCCACAUCGACACCGCUAAGCGCUACGGCGUCGAGGCCGCCAUUGCCGACGCUGUGCAGGCGUCUGGAGUGCCCCGGGAAGAAGUGUUCUUAGCCACCAAGUGCUGGCCCAGCGACUACGGGAAGACCUCCACCCGCGCCGCCUUCAGGGGCUCCUGUGACAGGUUCCGCUCCGACUACAUAGAUAUGUACCUCUUGCACUGGCCUUUGGUACCGUCUUGGUGCACCGACAGCAAGCAGCUUCUUAGUGAGACUUGGCGGACGCUUGAGCUGUUAUACGACGAGGAGCGCGUGCGGUGCAUCGGCGUGAGCAACUUCGACGAGUCGGACUUGCUGGAACUGCUGUCAGACCCCGAGCUCAGUACAACACCUCACAUAAACCAGUGCGAGUUCCAUCCCUUCCACAACCCCAUCAGGAUAAGAGACUUUUGCUCACAACAUCACAUCCAGUUUGAGGGCUACUGUCCACUGGGCAAAGGUAAGAUAUUGGACGACCCUGUGCUGGUCGAGAUGGCUAAAGUCUACCGCAAGUCUGUAUCACAGAUACUGAUCAGGUGGAACAUUCAGCAGCGCGUCGUUUGUAUACCAAAGUCUACCAAGCCAGAGAGAGUCGAGAUCAACUCACAGGUGUUCGACUUCAGUUUGUCAGAGGAGGAUAUGGCAAAACUUUCCAGUCUUCCACAAACGCUGACAAUUUUCGACAGGCAAGAAAUACAGAGCAGAGUGGACAACCCUCUACCUGACGGCUACAGACUACAUUAUGGCUCGUCUUUAAAUAACGGAACAU